AUGAGUGGAAGUUACAAAGUUUUACAAAAUGAAGACCUUAGUAGGAUCCAAGAAAUCUUAAUACCUCCUAAGUCAGAAAAUGAAACGUUUACCAUACCUCCUGGGUCUUCGAGCUCCAAAUCCUCUUCAACACAAAGUACGGUAGCUACAACAGAAUUUAUACCGCACAUAUUCUACACAUUAUAUCAAAUUCAAAAGGAUCCAAAUAGAUCCAAUAAUCAAUUAGAGACCAAGACAGGUCUGAUUAGACAUAGAUUAAGGAAUUGUAAGACUCUUAUUAGAGAGAGCGAUUCCUCUUUAGAAUUAUUGAGUAAGAGUACAAACGAAUGGGAGCAAUUUAUAACGAAUAGGGAAAACGAACUGCAGAUAAAGAAAAAUGUAUUGUUAGAUCUUCGAAGUAAAAUCUCAGAAAUUCUAACAAACUGUAAUUAUGAACCCGAUUCUGAAGAAACUGACCCUGUAACAGAAGGAAAAGAAGAGCAACAGGGUGAAUUACAACAGGAAAAUAAAGUAGAAGAAAGUGAACAAGGUGUCAAAGAGGAAGGUGAACAAAGUGUCAAAGAGGAAAAUGUACAAGACAACAACGAAGAAGAGAAAUCUGUUAAUUUAAAAAAGAACGAAACUGAAAAAAUAAAUUCACCUGAACAAAUUAACGAACAUCAAGAGACUGUUGUAGAAACUGAUAAUAAAAGUGACAAAAACAACAAUAAUGAUGAUAAUAGUAAUCCCGAAACUGCGACAGCUGAACUUCCAAACGAUGAUAAUGAAAUCCAAUCUACUUCGGUUGCAGAUGAUGACAAUGCUAUACUGGAUGACAUUGAGAUGGAGAUGUAA